AACGUCAUGCAGAUUGCUGGACUCAACACCCUCGGCAUCUCAAUUGCGCGCAUCGACUAUGCUCCCUUAGGUCAGAACCCACCACAUAUGCACCCUCGCGCCACUGAGAUCCUCAUGGUGCUCGAGGGGACACUAUAUGUUGGCUUUGUCACAUCCAACCAGCCCGCCCCCAACAGAAACAAGUUCCUUUCCAAGAUGCUCAACAAAGGUGAUGUGUUUGUCUUCCCCGUGGGGCUCAUCCACUUCCAAUUCAACCCCAACCCCCACCAGCCCGCUGUUGCAAUUGCCGCGCUUAGCAGCCAGAACCCAGGGGCUAUCACAAUUGCCAAUGCAGUGUUUGGGUCGGACCCACCAAUAUCAGAUGAUGUUCUUGCCAAGGCAUUUCAGGUGGAAAAGAAUACAAUAGACUAUCUCCAGGCUCAAUUUUGGGAGAACAACCACAACUAAGUCAGACGUUUGUUGAUUACACGGAAGAUUAGUGCAUAAAUCAAGGAUUUGGUUGAAUUUCUCGAGCAUCCUUAUAUCUAUAAAAUAAAUGGAGAAUAUGUCAUGCCGCUGUGUGUCUGUAAGCCAUGAAUGUAUUUCAAUGUUAUGAAUAAUCAACAAUAUCUUUUUUCAUCA